GAAGAAUCUCAGCUAACAACUAUAUCUUCCCAAGCCCAACCUUCUCCUCCCUAUCCUCAUAUUUCUGCUCUGAUUUUUUCAUCUGCUGCGCUUUGUGCAUCCAUUAUUUCUUCACUUUACUUUGUAUUAUCAACAAUUGCAGCAUUCCAACAAAGACGCAGUCCAGCAUCAUAUGCAAAUCCUUGGCUAGCAAAAGCGGGCUGAUCUACAUUAGCACGCUCCCAAGCUCCCAGAGUAGCAUCAUCAUCAGCAAGACCUGCUUGCCAUUCCUCCUCGAAUUCCUCCUCGAAUUCCUCCUUUUCACACAACAAUAUAACACAAAAUGGCUUUCCGACAGCGACUCGCGAAGCCUCUUCUAUACACGACAGGAGCAGCAACUCUUGGAAGUGGUAUUCUGUACUACAGCUACCGGCCGCGAAACAUCCCUGGAUCCGACCCCGCCGUAGUUUCUCCUCCCGGCUAUGGGGCAGAAGGCGGAUUCCGCCCUCCACGAUUUCCCAAAGUCAAAACUCGAGAUGAACAAAUCGCAGAUCUGAAGCGCAGUGGUGGAAGCAAAGGCGUUGGAUUGUUGAAAUCUGCAGACGAUGCUGCACCACAGAAUGAUGCGGAUGUCUACGACUUGCUGGUAAUUGGUGCGGGGGCUACAGGUGCGGGAAUUGCUCUGGAUGCUGCGACGAGAGGAUUGAAGGUUGCAGUCGUCGAGAGAGAUGAUUUCAGCAGUGGAACGAGUAGUAAGAGUACAAAAUUGGUGCAUGGAGGUGUGCGAUAUUUGGAGAAGGCAGUUUGGGAGUUGGACUACAAUCAGUAUGCGUUGGUCAAGGAGGCAUUGAGGGAGAGGAAAUUCUUCUUGGAUACUGCACCACAUUUGUCGAGUUGGUUGCCGAUCAUGUUGCCUUUGGAUAAGUGGUGGAAAGCCCCAUACUACUGGGCCGGAACGAAAUGUUACGACUUCUUGGCCGGGUCGGAGGGAAUUGAGAGCUCGUACUUCUUGACCAGGAGUAAAGCUUUGGAUGCCUUCCCUAUGCUGAAGAAAGACAAUUUGGUGGGAGCACUGGUAUACUACGAUGGAGCACACAACGAUUCGAGGAUGAAUGUGUCACUGGCUAUGACUGCUGCGUUGUACGGCAGUACAGUUGUCAAUCACAUCGAAGUUACCGGUCUGGAGAAGGAUGCGAAUGGACAGCUCUGCGGAGCCCGUGUCAGGGACCUGGUGCAAGACAAGAAUGGAAAGAAGCCAGAUGAAUUUGUCAUUCGGGCCAAGGGCAUCAUUAAUGCGACCGGACCCUUCACAGAUGGCAUCCGUAAAUUUGAUGAUGAAACAGUCAAGGACAUUGUCGCGCCCAGUUCUGGAGUCCACGUAAUCCUGCCCGGAUACUACAGUCCUCAAAAGAUGGGACUCAUUGAUCCCAAGACCUCCGACGGAAGAGUUAUCUUCUUCCUUCCAUGGCAAGGAAACACGAUUGCAGGAACAACCGACUCCCCCACCGAAAUCUCCCAGAAUCCCGUUGCAAAAGAAGCAGAAAUCGACUGGAUUCUAUCCGAGAUCCGUCACUACCUGUCCCCAGAUAUCAACGUCCGCCGAGGUGAUGUCCUAGCGGCCUGGUCUGGUAUCCGACCUCUCGUUAAGGAUCCCAAUGCGAAGAAUACUGAAUCCCUUGUCCGGAAUCAUCUCAUCAAUGUUUCCCCAUCUGGACUUCUCACCUGUGCAGGUGGAAAAUGGACCACCUACCGUCAAAUGGCUGAAGAGGCUGUUGAUGAAGCCAUUAAGACCUUCAAUCUCCAAACCGGUCCUGUGAGGAACGCCCCCGACAUUAGCGGCACAGAGCAAGUCGACGACGGCGCUCGCCUAAACGGUACUUGCCAAACGCACCAAGUCAAACUUGUCGGUGCCCACGGCUUCUCCAAAACCCUCUUCAUCAACCUCAUCCAGCAUUUUGGAGUUGAGACAGAUAUCGCUAAGCAUUUGACGGAAUCCUACGGUGAUCGUGCCUGGACUGUCGCAGCUCUCAGCAGUCCGACAGAACGACGUUUCCCUGUCCGAGGCGAGCGAAUCAGCCCGCUUUAUCCAUUCAUUGAUGGAGAAGUCAGAUAUGCGGUCAGACACGAGUAUGCACAGACAGCUGUUGAUGUUUUGGCAAGGAGGACAAGACUGGCGUUCUUGAAUGCCCAGGCUGCUCUCGAGGCUGCGCCAAAGGUUAUCGAUAUUAUGGCGCAGGAGCUGAAGUGGGAUUCGAAGCGGAAGGACCUUGAAUGGACUGACACCGUCAAAUUCCUCGAGUCCAUGGGCCUCCCGAAAUCCAAGCUCACCGCAACCCGCAAGCAAGUCGAGAGUGGAAAGCUGUCCUUUAAAGACAGUAUCGAGUACAAGAUGUACUCCAGGCAUGAUCAACCAAAUGAUGAGCUCGAGAGUGAUGCGAAGCAGAGCCCGAUAUUGAAGCCGGGAAGUAGAGCAGAGGCGUAGGUUGUGAUUGGGAAAUGGGGUUAGCUGAUGGACCAGUUCUUGAGAUGGAACGAGAUCCGAAGAGAGAAAUGAUUGGAUAGCAAAACAUUGGAUAGCAAAGAUGGCAGCCGCGAAUCGGUUUGCAUAUGUACAUAUUCCCCCGCGCGCGUGUACUGCACAGGGCAAAAACGGGCUAGGACGGCGGGUGUUCCGGUUACAGUACUGGGUUCGAGGCGAAUCGAAUGAUAAUUCUGCUUGAAAUACCAA